AUGAAGACCUCGGCCGUUGCCUUUCUCCUCGGGCUCUACGCCCUGCCCGCCCUAGCCCAGGAGCUCGCUCCCUCGCCCACCGAAUCCAUCGGCUGCGAGCCUCACGGCGAUCACUGGCACUGCGAAGGGCCCCGCCCGCCCGCCACCACCUCCGAGCCCACCACCACGAUCCCGCCCCCCGUGAUCACCACCACCAGCGCGGCCACCGACGACGACGACGAACACACGGACGAAGCCGGCACGGCAUCGCUCGCGCCCAGCCCAACCGAGUCCAUCGGGUGCGAGCCGCACGGCGACCACUGGCACUGCGAGGGCCCGCGCCCGCCGGCGACCGAGACCGGCAGCGGUGAGGGUGAGGGUGCUACCGAGACCCCGACGCCAUCCUCCUUGAUCACCGUGGCCACGACCGCGACCACGGAGGCGGGUGAGUCUGCGUCCGCGACGACGCCGACCUCGAGUGCCGUUUCUACGGCUGGGGCGGCUGGCGGUCCCGCUUUUGCUGCCGUGCCUGUGCUGGGGCUGGCGGCGUUUGCGGUGGUGGGUUUGUGA